UGCACAUUUACACCUCUUGCAACAAAACCAAUAUCAAAGCCAUAUGUCCAAAUUCAAAAAUUGAUAUCUGAAAAAAAUGCGUCACUGAAUUUAAAAAUAAAAAGGCAGCUGUCUCAGCGUGCCGUAAAGCAGAGUGCCGUAUUGCAGUCGGUGUUGUUGUGGAGGAGCCGAACUAGCAGAAGGAUGUGGACAUCCAGAUUCAAUAUUUUGGCAUUUUUGUCCGUUUUUGUGGCGCGCUAUUGUACGUACGCUCUUCGGGAUGUGACGACGGAGCUUUUCGGUGCCGAGAACUACGGGACGGUGGCAGCGUUUGGGGAUUUUAACUCGGAUAAGCAGACCGACAUCUUCGUCAUCAGGGAACAGUCUGAACUGGUGAUAUUCUUGGCGGACUUGAAAACACCUUACUUCAAGCCCAAAGUCCAAAACCUAAAAGAUGCUCUGCCCAGGGACACCGUCAUCACCAGCGUGGUUCCCGGAGACUACGACGGAGACUCGCAGAUGGACGUCCUCCUCACGGCUCAGACCAGCCCCAAGGCGGCGGCGACGGCUGUUUACAUCUUUUGGGGCAACAACCAGACAUUAGAUAUGGGCUGGCUCAGGCUGAACAAGACUUUUACCGACCAACCUCUUAUUAUGGAUUACAACGGGGACAUGAUCCCAGAUAUUUUCGGAACCACCGAACACACUGAAGUCUGCUAUCUCACCAAAAGGGAUCAGAAGUGGAAGAGUGCACUGAGUUCACCUGUCAAAUUGCGCAUCCCUCACUCAAACGCUUUCAUCGACCUCAACAAGGACUUCACCGCUGAUUUAUUCCUGACAACUGAGGGCCCGGCAUUCGAGACCUGGCUGAGCAAGGACGGGGACUUCACCAAAGCCGAAGUCAUGCCAGCGAAGGCGCCAGCCAGCAUUGUCGGGCAGUCCUCCUUCGUCGACUUCGAUGGUGAUGGCUACCAGGACCACCUCCUCCCCGCGUGUUUGGAUAGCGCCUGUCAACGCAGUGCCAUCUACCUGGCCAAGCCAGGCUCACAAGAGUGGGUGCCAGUACUGUCGGAUUUCCAGCAGAGGGAAACAGUUUGGAGCUUUGUGCCAGGGAAUCUCAGCCAACCCCUGGCCCUGCACCUUGGGGACUACAACCUGGAUGGCUUCCCGGACGCCCUGGUGAUCCUCCGCAACACUAGUGGCAGCGGUCAGCAGGCCUUCCUGUUGGAGAACGUGCCCUGCAACAACGUCAGCUGCCACAGUGUCGGAAGAAUGUUCCACAUCCACUGGGACCAGUCGGAUUUGGGAGCCAUCCAAAAUGCCGUCAUAGCAACGUUCUUUGACAUCUACGAGGAUGGUAUAUUAGACAUGCUGGUUCUGAGCCAGGCACCGGGCAAAAAUGACUUGAUCAUCCACGCUUUGAAGAACAAUUUUGAAGCCGAUGCCUACUUCGUGAAAGUGAUGGUGCUCAGCGGCCUCUGCUCCAAUCGCUGCCCGGAAGAUGUGAAGCCCUUCGGUGUUAACCAGCCAGGUCCCUACGUCAUGUACACCACAAUGGAAUCCAACGGCUACCUGAAAAACGCCUCAGCCGGUCAGUUGAGCCAGUCGGCUCACUUCUCCCUCCAGCUGCCCUACACCUUGCUUGGCCUCGGACGCAGCGCCAACUUCCUGGACCACCUUUUUGUCGGCAUCCCCCGGACGCCCGGAGAGACGAACAUGCGGAUGCAGGAGUGGACGGCCAUCAUCCCCAACUCCCAGCUCAUUGUCAUCCCCUACCCACACAACCAACCCCGCAGUUGGAGCGCUAAGCUGCACCUGACUCCCAGCAACAGCGUGCUGCUGACGGCCAUUGUGCUCAUCGGAGUGUGCGUCUUCAUCCUUGUCAUUAUUGGCAUCCUCCAUUGGAAAGAGAAGAAAGCGGACGAUCGAGAGAAGAGGCAGGAAGCCCACCGCUUCCAUUUCGACGCCAUGUGAAAAUGGAAAAGUGCAUCAUGGGAGAACAUGUUCUCCUCUACUCCUCGUUUGCCCCAACCCCACCCACCCCCUUCACACACACACAUUUUCACACUCAUUUCAAGGGCCAAUAAAUGGAUCCUCAUUUGCACCAAAACGUUUCUUUUUGAUAUUUUUUUCCAGUCCUCAAGUCAGAUGUGAAAAAUUAAUGCUCCAUUUCAUUUAUUCAUUCCAGUGUUAGAUGUGCGGGAGCCGCAACAAGGCCAUGGAGACAGAGAGAACUCCUAACGGAGAUCGCACGGGAGUUUAAUGCAGGGAGUUUCUUGGGACUGGCUGUAAACAGCAGCACGAGUAUUUUAACAAACUGACUAAUUUUUUUUGGAACACCCGACAAGUUACUAGCAAUGUUACUUGAAAUCUGUGUGUGUGUGUGUGUUACUGUCCAUUGUCUUUGUCCAGUUGAUUCGCCUCUCUCUUUUUCCAUUUGACUGAGAUGUUGUAAAGAAAUCGUUCAGUUUUUUGUUUUUUUUACCUGGGAAAUUAAACUGAACUGAAUUCUGUCAUAUCGACCUCGGCCCUGCAACUGCAGCAGCGACUGGUGCAAAGCAAGUGAACAAAAAAUGGACAAGAGAUUUUUUUCCGCCACUAAUCUCCUCGAAAAAUAUGAUGAAUGGUCCGUCAGCUUCGCUGAGAGCAAAUGAAUCUUCUUCACACUUGAUGGUAUCCCAGUGCAUCAUGGGAGUGCCAAAAACAACAAAAAAAAGGAGUUUCUGUGUUGCAAUCUGCAAACGUCUAAUGCUACUGCACCGGGGCCCGGCGCCGCGUCCUGACGCCGGUCCUCUGGCUUUGUUUCAAUAUGAAGGUUUCAUCGUCCUUGUUGUUAUUUGAAAGUCAAUCGGUCCGAGCACUCUGCUGUGUAUUUAUUUCGCGAGAAUGAGCUCAUGCACUUUUUUUUUUUUAAACUAAUGAUUAACAGUGGCUGCUUGUAUUUCGUUUUGUUUUGUGGAAUUUUAUUUGUAAAGUGAACGUUGAAGCUACUAAAUGUGUCGAGAAUAAAGGUUUGUCCUGUUUAAAAUCGA